CCACUGUCGGUCUUCUGCCUUCUUCUUGGUCAAAUCGGGAUUAUUACCUGUGUUAGAACUAGAUUCCUUCGUCUUUUCUCUUUCAACUUCCUUGCCCAUCCGACCUCCUGCUGCCUCUUUCUUCUCUUCUCCCCUCCUCCAAACCUUCCCUCCCUCUUCCACCCCCUUCUUUUUGGAGACUGCAUAACUUGAAUCCCUCCGAGAGGCUCCUGAUCGUCCGGCACUGCUGCAAGAACUUACCGGCAGCUUGUUUGCGUUGAACUUCCUCGCCUGCAACCCUCCCUCCGCAUCUCUUUCACGCCCUAACAAAUCAACCUAUUACUACUUCAAUCCCACCCCUCUCCCUCCCCCCACACCUCUUAUACUAAUUGAUUCGAUAAUUUUGCACAACAUCUACGCAAUAUAUUGUCGCCUUCAAUACCCCCCAAUUUCUCAACGGGUGCCCCCAAUUGAGCAUCCGUGCUCAUCAUGAAGGCCACCCCGUUGCUCAUCUCGUGGCACGAUGACAAUGCUCCUAUCUACUCGGUGCAUUUCGACCCCAAUGGCAAGGGUCGUCUAGCCACUGCUGGAAAUGACAAUAACGUCCGACUAUGGAAGGUGGAAUCAACCGGCGAAGAGCGAAAGGUGUCCUACCUAAGCACGCUGGUCAAACACACCCAAGCCGUCAAUGUCGUCCGUUUCAGUCCCAAAGGCGAGAUGCUGGCAUCUGCUGGGGAUGACGGCAAUGUCUUACUCUGGGUGCCGUCCGAAUUACAAACACAACCGGGCUUAGGUGAAGACCGCUCGGACGAUAAGGAAACAUGGCGAGUGAAGCAUAUGUGCCGUUCCUCCGGGGCGGAGAUCUAUGAUCUCGCGUGGUCGCCUGAUGGGGUCUUCAUCAUCACAGGCAGUAUGGACAAUAUCGCUCGGAUUUACAACGCUCAAACGGGCCAAAUGGUGCGCCAGAUUGCCGAGCAUUCACAUUAUGUCCAGGGGGUUGCUUGGGAUCCGCUGAAUGAAUUCGUCGCGACGCAGUCAUCAGACCGCUCCGUUCACAUCUACAGCUUGAAAACCAAGGAUGGACAAUUUACUCUUACUUCCCAUGGGAAGUUCCUCAAGAUGGAUCUACCUGCGAAACGCAUCUCCUCCAGCAGCCCUGCGCCGCCCGAUCUAUCCAUUCGCUCUCAACCUGCACCGACCAGCUCAGCCGCCAUCGCUUCUCCUGCUCCGUCAACUCCAGGUACUCCCAUGACCUCCAAUCUGCCCAUGGACCCUCCCCCAGUGUCGCACAGUCGCCGGUCAUCGUUUGGAUCCUCGCCAUCCAUCCGUCGCUCGGCGUCUCCGGCGCCAUCGCUGCCUUUACCAGCGGUCAAGCCGCUAGAGGUACCGUCGCCGGGUUUGUUGGGAGGACUCGGAGUCAAGAAUGCCAACAUCUAUGCAAACGAGACUUUUACUUCAUUCUUCCGGAGGUUGACCUUCGCUCCCGAUGGAAGCUUGCUCUUCACACCGGCCGGCCAAUACAAGACGUCGCAUGUAUCGGCUACGGACUCAACCAAGACGACGGAUGAAAUCAUCAAUACUGUUUACAUCUAUACCCGUGCGGGUUUCAACAAGCCGCCCAUCUCUCAUCUUCCCGGGCAUAAGAAACCAUCCGUUGCUGUCAAGUGUUCCCCGGUGUUUUAUACCCUGCGACAGACUCCCCAGCCUCCCCGUCAUAUCACAUUAGACACUUCGUCCAUUGAAGAGUCAUUCUCUUCGCUCCCUGAUCCAGUAGUGAGUUCCGCCAAGGAUGGCGCUUUGAUGGAACCUCCAUCGUCAACGCUUGCCGCCAAUGAUCUGGUGAAGAACAACAUGGGAUCAAAGCCGGCAGAGCGAGACAGUCCCUCCGCAGGCCAGAGCCCUGCCCCCGUGUUCACACUACCCUAUCGGAUUGUGUAUGCGGUAGCCACUCAGGAUGGGGUCUUGGUAUAUGACACUCAGCAACAGACGCCGAUCUGCGUCAUUAGCAAUCUGCACUUUGCUACUUUCACCGAUCUAACAUGGUCGAAUGAUGGCUUGACCUUGAUGAUGAGUUCGUCGGACGGGUUCUGUUCUACCCUUGCAUUUUCACCGGGCGAGCUAGGCCAACCAUACACUGCGCCGGCAUCAGCGUCUCAUCAGAACGCGGCCGCCGUGCUAUCGGCCAACAAUACUCCUCUUCCCACACCGACCACUGCAAAACCUAGUCCGCUUCCUCAGGCUAAUGUGAGCCAAGUUCCCCCUGCAAGCCCUGCGCGGUCCAACUCGGUGUCAUCAGUCACGACGCAAUCUGGUAGUCAACAAACGCCAGGGACAGUGGUCAACAACCCGACACCCACCCUCGGAUCAGUACCGCUGGUGACGGCAACGCCUUCAUCCCAGCCUCCGACGCUUCCGCUGACGACCCCGCCACAAACCCCCCUGCCCGUGGCCUCGCAAAGUGGGACAAGCAAUGUCAGCGCCACUGUGCUAGGCAAACGGGUCAGUGAGUCGGAGAAGGAGGAAGACAGAGACCCGAGCGCGGCUCCGCCCGUCCAACCACCGAAGAAGCGACGAGUCGCGCCGACGCUCAUAUCUGCGGGCACCGAGCAUACCUCAGCCAAAAAAGAGUCACAUAGCACUACGGAUGUUGGGGGUUAAUUAUGCCAUCUGACAAAUAUUUGAUUCUCAAUGUUUUCUUUUCCCUCCGUGUCUAAAGUGUAACGCUUCUUCUCCGAUUCUUCCCGUCCGCUUUACCACAAAACACCGCCACCCUUCCACGCGAGUCUCGGAGCGCUCCUUACUCGCUACGACAUAUUAUCUAUCUAUCUAAGCCCAUGCUCAUGAAUUCACGUGUCAUCUCCCCCUUCUCCCAUUUGCAUAUUCCAUGAGUUAGCUACUCGAUUGUCCUGUGUUUCCUGUGUUCUUACUUCUCAUUAGGAAGGACCCCGGUAGAGUUCCAGGGUCAGUCAGUCAUUCAUCUAGGCAAGGCAAGGCAUGCAUGCAUGAUUGUUCCAUACCGG